AUGGGCGACGCGGUCGAGUUCGACGUGCCCGCGCUCGACGACGACCUGUUGAAGGAUCGUGCGCGUACCUUUGUAGAAUUUCUCGAUGAUCAGAGCGGCGAGACAGACUACCGGAGUGCGGUGCGGCGCAUGCUGAGCACGGACGGCCGGCGGCUUGUCGUGAGCCUCGACGACGUGCGGACGUACAACCGCGAGUACGCCGAUGGGCUGCUGAACGAUCCCAACGGCUUCAUGCCGCCGUUUGAGAACGCACUCAAGGUGCUGGUCGACCAGCUGCACGACCCGCUGAAGGACGACAUCAAAGGGAAGCAGUACCACAUUGGACUGCGGGGCAGCUUUGGCGACCACCACGUGAAUACGCGUAUGCUGCGCAGCUUUUACCUCGGCAAGAUGAUCAGCUUGGAAGGCAUCGUGACACGGUGCUCGCUCGUGCGUCCCAAGAUCAUGGAGUCGGUGCACUACUGCCCGGCGACCGAGCGCUUCCACAUGCGCGAGUACCGCGACGCGACAAUGUACGGCUCGGGCCCUCCCACCUCGAGCACGUACCCCACGACAGACGAGAGCGGGAACCGCCUCGUGACCGAGUACGGUCUGAGCGUCUUUCGCGACCACCAGAUGAUUUCCAUCCAAGAGAUGCCCGAGCGUGCGCCGCCGGGCCAGCUGCCGCGCAGCGUCGACGUGGUGAUGGACGACGACCUCGUGGACCAGUGCAAGCCCGGCGACCGUAUCCAGCUGGUCGGCAUGUACAAGUCGCUCGGCAACCGCGUCGGCCAGAGCACGACGUCGACCUUCCGCACGCUCAUGGUCGGCAACUAUUUGAACAUGCUCGCCAACAAAGCAGGCGGCGGCUUUGCGUCCAUUCCUCUGAGCGACCUCGAUAUCCGCAACAUUAACAAGAUCGCAAAGCGGCGCAACGUCUUUGAGCUGCUGUCGCAGUCCUUGGCGCCGUCCAUCUUUGGCAUGGAGUAUGUCAAGCGCGCCGUGCUGCUUAUGCUCCUCGGCGGCCUCGAAAAAAACCUGCCCAACGGCACGCACAUCCGUGGCGACAUUAAUAUCCUCAUGGUCGGCGACCCCUCGACGGCCAAAAGCCAGGUGCUGCGCUUUGUGCUGAACACGGCGCCGCUGGCGAUUGCGACGACCGGCCGUGGCAGCAGCGGUGUCGGUCUUACGGCUGCCGUGACGACCGACCGCGAAACCGGCGAGCGCCGCCUCGAGGCCGGUGCGAUGGUGCUUGCCGACCGCGGCGUGGUGUGCAUUGACGAGUUUGACAAGAUGUCGGACGUGGACCGUGUCGCGAUCCACGAGGUGAUGGAGCAGCAGACGGUGACGAUCGCCAAGGCCGGCAUCCACACGACGCUCAACGCGCGGUGCUCGGUCGUGGCGGCUGCGAACCCCAUCUAUGGCCAGUACGACGUGCACAAAGAGCCGAACAAGAACAUUGCGCUCCCCGACUCGCUUCUCUCGCGUUUCGACUUGCUCUUUGUCAUUACCGACGACGUGAACGAGGAGCGCGACCGCCGCAUCUCGGAGCACGUCCUGCGCAUGCACCGCUACGUGCAGCCCGGCCAGCCGAUCGGCGCGCCGGCCAAGGACAACCUCGACCAGGUGCUGGACGUCGGCGGCGGCGAGCAGGACGCCGAGGCGGAUGCGCCGGAGAACGAGUCGCCCUUUGAGAAGUACAACCCUUUGCUGCACGUCGGCAUUUCCGGCGUCAGCGACGAGCGCAAAGAGGUGCUCACGACGCUCUUUGUGAAAAAGUACAUCCAGUACGCCAAGUCGCGCAUCACCCCGAUGCUCACAAAAGGCGCCGCCGACUGGAUCACGAAUGUCUAUGCCAACCUGCGCAACGACGAGAUGGCCGGCACGCAGCGCAAGACCGCGCCGCUCACCGCACGUACGCUCGAGACGCUCAUCCGUCUCGCGACGGCCUACGCCAAGGCGCGGCUCAGCCCCCGUGUCGAGGAGCGCGAUGCCGAGGCGGCCGAGGAGAUUCUCCGCUAUGCGCUAUUCAAAGAGGUCAUGCGUACACGCCGCGGCGGCAAGCGCCAAAAGACGCACCGCGACGGCGACGAGGACGACGACGAGGACGACGACGAGGACGACGAGAUGGACCAGGACGAGGCCGAGCGAGCGCUCGGUGGCCAGACGCAGACCGCCUACGCGACCCGGCAGGCGACGCAGCACGCCACCGAAGCCUCGCUCGCGGACGCCGCGCGCGAGCUCGAUGCCAUGACGCAGCCCCUGCUCGCCGAGGCGCAGGCGCGGGCGCCUGCGCGUCUCGGCCCCUUCCGCGAGCGCGUCGCGCACGCGCUCAGUGGUCCGUUUGCCGAGCGCGAGUACGUCGACCUUGCAUCGCUGCUGGACGUCGUCAACCAGUCCUCUGCGCCGCCCUUCACCCCCGACGAGGCGCGCGCGGCGCUCGCGUCGAUGAGCGACGCGAGCGAAAUUAUGUACGCAGAGGACGUCGUGUACAAGAUUUAG